AUGGAUAAUUUUGAGAAUCAAGAUUAUAAUAUAGCUAAUACUGAAAGUAAAUAUCUUGAUUCACAAAUAUUAAAAUUUUUAACAAAAUCAUAUGAAAAACAAAUUAAUUUUGCAACUUAUCAAGAAAAACAGAAACUUACCUUAUAUGCUGAAUAUAUAUUAUCAUUAUUCCCUACUUUUAUAAGAAAGAUAAAGAUUAAAGAUAUACUAGAUAAUAAUCUUAAGUUAUCAGAUAAAGAAAAAAAUUUAAUACUUUUACAAUUAAGAAAUUUAUUAAAUCUAUCAUCUUACAAAUUAAUUCAAGAUAAGAUACCAAAUAUAGCAUCAAUGAAUUCACUAAAUAAACCUAAAAUAAAGAUCCUAUCAACAGAAGAUGAUUCAUGUUAUUCUAUUAAGACUAUAGACUCUAAUGAAAUAAUUAAUAAUGAAAUAUAA